AUGCGAUAUCUUGAGCAAUUUCCAUUCCCUUCAGGAUCGGCCAAUAUAAUAACUUACAAGGACAAACAGGAGGUCAACGUGUUCAGAACUGUUUGUUCCCUCUUUUCUCAAGAACCGUCAAUACUCACGAAUGCAGAAGCUUGUGCACUGACCCACGUAGUUUCCUUGUUUCACGAAAACCAGUCGUCUAGUGACCUCCACAGGGAUGCUUGCGAUAUUCGCAUUGAAACCGAGUUCUCAGCAAAUUUUCCGUCUUCGAGGCGCUUGGAGCUUGCAGUGUCUUCUGAUGCGAGUUCGAGAGCAUCACAGGCAGAAUACUAUGGACCUAUGUCGCUGAGCAGUAAUAACGAAAUCAGUGAUGAAACUCGAUUUCUGGCUCCAGAUAGAGAGGACUGGCUGCAUGCUGACAUUCCAUCAACGCUUGGUCGUUCAUCUGGUAAAGGCGCUGGCCAAGUGCGGAAUAAUACCUACCUAUUGGAGGAGUUGCCUGAAUAUGAUGAGAUAUUGAAGCUUCCUGGCUUGAAAAAGAGUCCCGACCUGAUGAAAAAACUUGACGAACUGUGUUUGAAAAAUGGAUCAAGCCGGAAAAUGUCUUCAGUAGUGCCUUCAGAAUCUAUGGAAUUACCUGAUUUGAGUGAACUCUGCAAAAACCAGUGCGACUAUGGAACUAACUCUCCAAAAGUGUCUAUGCGUGGAUAUGUGAAGUCUUCUCUAGACAGAGGAAUCUUGUCAAGGCCCUCAAGUUCUCUUUUGGAAGCAUUGUCUCUUGUACUUCUCUCGCUUCCUUCUGCUCGACGUCGUAAACUCCAUCGAUUAGUGCGAUUCAUGAAUCGCAUCGCAACUAACCAUUGCCUACAGCUUGAUGAACUUCUGUCUAAUCGAGAGGCUGUGUUGAAAGGUUUAUCCAAAUGUAUUGUACCACUUCGAGGAUACCCUCCUGUCACUUCUUCGCAACGUCAUCACAUUGUGACUAUUCUCCUUGAUUACGAGAAGAAAGUUUUUGGUGUACCAAAAGGUUUAGUUUUGGAAGUGGAAGACGCCAUUCGAGAAAGGCAACGCGAGAAGGUUAUGCCCGUCGAACAAGAUGAGGUGAAGGAACCCACUACAAGUCUGAACAUUGCGCAGUACUUCGAUUCUAUCAAGAUUCCUCUGGGAAAUAAUCAGCAUUUAAACCAAAAUCUCCUUGAACUGCUCGAGCAGAUCUGCUGUGAUGAAAAUCUUUCUGUGUCCCAAAAGCAGAAACGGUUGAAGAAGUUCAAAAAGGCCUAUCCUGCAGUCUACUCACAAAAGUUUCCAUCGCAGGAGGUAACGCAAUCGAGGAAGAAAAGCAAGGAAGGCGGCUUGUUCUCCAAGCUUCUUGGUCGCUGA